UAAACACGCGCGAUAAUGACAUUGAAAUGAAAAUAUGUCAGUUGGUUUAUCUCAGCGCCUGUACAAUUAAAGUUACUUCUUCAGCAGGUGAGACACUGAACAACACUCCGGUCUAACGGGAAUAAAAGAAUGGCUUUUCCCUGUGUGCGACUGUGCACUCAACACUUGAGGACAGGGAUUCGAGUCUGUGGUUAUGCGACACUCAGUAAAGCAUCCAGACCGCAGGAGAAGAGCAGCAGUGGUCCGGUGUUCCAGUAUGUCGGCCAGCACAGAAAGCCCAACCACAAAGUGUUUGUGUGGGGCUUUAGCUUUACUGGUGCUCUGGGUAUCCCCAGCUUUGUAGUGCCAGACAGUGGCAGGAAGAAGCCCCGUAAAUACCAGCUCACUCCUUACCGCCUGGAGACUGCAGAGCAGAUCUCUUCCGCUGCUUGUGGUUACGGCUUCACUCUCAUCGCCUCCUCCACCAAAGAUGUGUCCAAGCUGUGGGGAAUGGGCCUGAACAAAGACUCUCAGCUGGGAUUCCAACGCACCCAACACAGCCGCCAUCAGAGUUAUGACUACAUCUUGGAGCCGUCGCCGGUGGCUCUGCCUCUCGUCGAGCCUGUGAAGACCAAAGUGGUUCAGGUUGCGUGUGGCCGGGCUCACUCCCUGGUCCUCACUGAUCAAGAGGGAGUUUUCAGUAUGGGCAACAAUGCGUAUGGCCAGUGUGGGAGGCGGAUAGUUGAAGAUGAAGUCUACAGUGGCAGCCACAUCAUUCACAAGAUAGAAGGCUUCGGCAGCAGGGUCACCCAGGUGGCGUGUGGACAGGAUCACAGUCUUUUCCUCACCGAGACAGGAAAAGUGUUCGCAUGUGGCUGGGGCGCAGAUGGACAGACGGGUUUGGGACACCACAGCGUCACCUCCACCCCGGUGGAAGUGGGAGGGGAUCUGGCGGGCGUGGAGGUGCGGCAGAUCAACACGUACGGAGACUGCAGCCUGGCCGUGUCCACAGAUGGACAGCUGUACGGAUGGGGCAACUCUGAAUACCUGCAGCUGUCCUCGGUCACUGAGGCCACACAGAUCAACUCUCCUCGACGUCUUCCUCUGAAAGGCUGUGGGAAGGUGGUUCAGGCAGCAUGCGGAGGAACACAGGUGGCUGUUCUCAACGAAAAAGGAGAGGUGUUUGUAUGGGGAUAUGGCAUUCUUGGAAAAGGCCCAAAGCUAUCAGAGUCCUCAACCCCGGAGAUGAUUCCCUCCACGCUGUUUGGGCGCUCAGAGUUUAACCCUUCAGUCGCUGUCACCACCAUCAGGUGUGGCCUCACCCACUUUGCUGCAGUAACAGAUCGAGGCGAGCUCUUCGUUUGGGGAAAGAAUGUGAGAGGAUGUUUGGGCAUCGGCAGUCGAGACGACCAGUACUUCCCAUGGCGGGUGACUGUUCCGGGUCAAGUGGUGGAUGUAGCGUGCGGAGUCGACCACAUGGUGGCGCUGGUGAAGUCCCUCUUGUGAGCUCUGGUCCUUCCCAGCCGAGCAUGAAAGGCUGGAUGUUUGGCUGAGCCCCCGCCCCUCUCUCACCCACCCACCCACCCCCCGCUGACCCCCGGGCGCCUCAGGGAGCCGAUCAGGGCCGCUUUGGAGUCUUGAAGCCAGCUGCUCUCCACAGGCGACGGACCCUCGUGUCCCUCCGUCCUGCGGUGACGUCAAGCAGUGAGCAGGGCAGUCGAUUCUGCAGCGAAGUGUCACAGACACGGUUCAAUUUAUCCUGCAUGAAGGUCACACGGGACAGACAUCGAAGGAUAGUUUUAUCACAAGCGCGGCUGAAACGAUUAGUCAGUCAAUCGAUUAAUUGAUUUAGCCAUUUCCCAAGCAAAAUAAUGAAAAAAUGCAAAUCAUUCUUUGGUUCUUCAGUGUGAGGAGCUGCUGUUUGUCUCGCAGCGUAAACUGGAUAUCUCUGAGUCUUGGACAAAACAAAACAAGGGAAGACGUCACCUUGGGCUUUGGACACGUUUUCACUAUUUAUUGACAUUUUAUGGACUAAACUGCAGAUUAAAUGAUAAUGAAAAUACUCAUUUUCAUUUACACCACCAUCAUUCAUAUCAGUUAUGACAAUGCAUUCCCCACCAAGUUAAUCUGGGAACUAAAAGGCAACAUUACUGAUUCAAAUUGAAGCCAAAAAACUAUGAAAAUAAGACCAAACCUGUAAUAAACUGGACAAGCUUUCUACCCAUCAGGUAGUUAACUCUGUAAAAUCAUGUUUUGUCUCCUCUGACAUGUUGUUGAUUUGCCGCUACACAAAAAUACUCUCUGUUCUCAGUGAAUUAAGUGAUUCACCGUGGAAUCAUCAGACUCUUGCAGUUUGAACAAUGUGUUGUGGCAAUUUAAAUCUCUCCCGGCCAAUCAAAGGCUUGUGUAACACUGGACCAUUUGAAAAGUCUGUGACGGCAAAACAAUCCACAAAAAGAUUAUCAUCUCCCUGCCGACUGCAAAUAGAGGUGAAGACACUCUGCCAGGGAGAAAACGGGUUUUGAAGAAUCAAUUUUACGACAUGAACUCGUGUCAUCAACGGUGCAUGAUUGUCGUGCAUAUAAAAGGCUGUUGGGAGCUGCGGAAAACUACAAACAUGGCAUCCUGGCGGCCCGAAAAGAUCAAGCUGCUCUGACAUUUAUCGCCAUAUCAAUCAAAUGCAUCAAGAUUUUCAAUUAUUAAGUGUUAUAUUUGGUCUGCAUGUGUUCCGAGGGUUAACUCACCCGUGGUGUUAGUUUGAUGACAAACUAAAUAUGCUAUAUCAAAAUAAAUCUAUUUUUAUCUACCA